GAUCUCGGAGCAUGGCCAGCAACAGUGGACUCGAAGACAAGCGAUUGCUCAUCUCUUGUGCCAACGAUCACUCUGUCAUCAGCCAAGGCACGAAAAAUGUAGAGACGAGUGGCACAACCUUGGACGUUAGAGAUCAAAACGGAAGGAGUGCAACCAAGAAUACAAAGAGCACAUUGAUAGCAAGCGGCGACGAACAAGAUUAUGUACCCCCCAUGGAAUUGCUUCCGAAAAGCACACACCAUGAUGGUUCUAUACGCAGGAGCACUCAUGCGUGGAAAAAGAACUAUGCUGUUCAUGACCGUACUAAGACUCGGUUGGCAGAUCCCAAAGAUUGCAUCUUCCGUAACGGAAAAUGCAAGCGGCAUAAUCCUAGUCGCGUCUUACAAUUUUUCUCAUUAAAGUUGGCUGAACUUACUGUGCAUGUUGGCCCAAUAGAGUUGUAUGGAUACAUAGCAGUGCGGGAUUGUCGGGAUACAUUGCUUAAUUAUGUUGUCAAUAUAAGCAGGGAUGAUCCUGUUAUCGUGAAUCAGGGUUCUCUCAUCAACAUGGCUGGCCCUAAGCGAGGGAUAGAUUUGUAUUGCGCUGUUCUAGUGGAAUUUGACAUUAGGAUCAAGGCAGGCAAAAAAGAAAGGGAUGAUCACCAGCUGAUUGAUGGGGUAUCAGGCAUAGCCGACCUGUGGGGAGUAUGGAAUCAAGCAUUCACAAACCGCAUCUAUGGUGACUGUGGCGCAGUUGACGUGACCGUAGCACGUAUUGAUGAGGCAGUCAUAGCGAAUGUAGAAGUUGCCGUGUCAGAAGUGCAGAGCAGUUUUGAGCUGUGCUUCAGUUGUUUUAUCGGCGGUUAUAACGAAGAAAUCCGGCUCUUCGACGGUGCAGUUGGCGAGUGUCGCCUCUUAAAGAGGUCUGUGGUUGCUGUAGUGGAUGGUUCCACUCUGGAUUUGAAGUUCAAGGUGGCCUCGGAGCCAUCCAGUUCAGUGGAGCACUGGUGUUCCUUCAAGGCGGACACACAUGGACUUGACACUCGUGAGGUAAAAACUGAAUUAGGGUUGAUGUCAGUGAAGGUGGCUUGGUCGACUCUGCGUUCUGUCUAG